AUGGCAGUGGAGAUGGCACUGAGCCACCGAGCGCCUCAUGAGGUGCUGAGCGAGGCCGACCUGGAGGAGCUGGCACAGCGGAAACCUCCCACCAAGCCCUCACUGCGCAGCUGUCUCCACAAGACCAGAUGCUCGGUCUCCACUGCCAAGUCCCUGCUUUUCCGGUUCCUGCCCUUCCUGCGCUGGAUUCCCCGCUACCCAGUCAAGGACUGGCUCCUGGGGGAUAUUGUCUCAGGCUUCAGCGUGGGCAUCAUGCACCUGCCCCAGGGACUUGCCUACGCACUGCUGGCCGGGCUGCCACCCGUCACUGGUCUCUACUCCUCCUUCUACCCCGUCUUCCUCUACUUCUUCUUUGGGACAUCCAGGCACAACUCCAUGGGUGACUCCCUGCCCACACCCUGCCUGUCCCCAGGUCCCUUUGCUGUCAUCUCCGUCAUGAUCGGGAGCGUGACGGACUCCCUGGUGCCCAGUGAGAACUUCAUGGAGUCCGUCAAUGGCAGCAACAUGACAGUCAAUGAGGCACGGCGGGAUGCUGCCAGGGUGGAGCUGGUGGCCACCAUCACUGUCCUGACAGGCAUAUUCCAGGUGGCCCUGGGCCUGCUGCAGUUUGGCUUCGUGGUGACCUACCUCUCGGACCCGCUGGUGCGUGGCUACACCACUGCUGCCUCCGUGCAUGUCCUCGUCUCCCAGCUCAAGAACGUCUUUGGGGUCUCCCUGGGUGAGCACUCAGGGCCGCUCUCACUGUUCAUGACCUUCAUUGAGAUUUGCCAGAAGCUGCCACAGACCAACGUGGGCACUCUGGUGACAGCCAUCAUUGCCAUGGUGGCCAUCUUCGCCGUGAAAGAGUUCAACCACCAGUUCGCCUCCAAGCUGCCCAUGCCUAUCCCCAUCGAGCUUAUCACGAUCAUCGUCUCCACUGGCAUCUCCUAUGGCGUCAACCUCAACGCCAAAUUUGGCAUCUCUGUGGUGGGCCACAUCCCCAGCGGGUUGAAGCCGCCUGUGGUCCCUAACGUCAGCUACUUUGGGCAGGUUGUGGGCAAUGCCUUCGCCAUUGCUGUGGUGGGCUACGCCAUCUGCAUCUCCCUGGGUAAGAUCUUUGCCCUGAAGCAUGGCUACAAAGUGGACAGCAACCAGGAGCUGAUCGCGCUGGGCCUCUGCAACUUCCUGGGGGGCUUCUUCCAGUGUUUUGCCAUCAGCUGCUCCAUGUCGCGGAGCCUGGUGCAGGAGAGCACAGGGGGUAACAGCCAGGUAGCUGGUGUCAUCUCAUCCCUGGUCAUCCUGGUGACCAUCCUGAAGAUCGGAGAGCUCUUCCGGGACCUGCCCAAGGCCAUCUUGGCUGCCAUCAUCAUCAUCAACCUCAAGGGUAUGUUCAAGCAGUUCAGUGACAUCCGCACGCUCUGGAAGUCCAACCAGGUGGACCUGAUGGUCUGGAUUGUGACCUUUGUGGCCACCCUCAUGCUGAACUUGGACAUCGGCCUGGGGGCCUCAGUGGCCUUCGGGCUGCUCACCGUCAUCUUCCGCACCCAGCUCCCCCGCUACUCCAUCCUGGGGCGCAUCUCCAACACCGAUGUCUACAGGGAUGUGGCUGAAUACCAGAUGGCACAGGAGGUCCCUGGCGUGAAGAUCUUUCGCUCCUCCUCCACUCUCUAUUUUGCCAAUGUGGAGCUGUAUGCUGAGGCCCUGAAGAAAAAGAGUGGCAUCAACGUGGACCGCCUGAUCGAGAAGAAGAAGAAGGCCCUCAAGAAGCUGAAGAAACAGCAGAAGAAAGCGGAGAAGGAGAAAGCAAAGAGAAAAAAGGUGCUUCCCUGCCACGGGGGACCCCUCUGGUGCCACCCUGCCCCCCAGGACACAGAGGAUGGAGAGAAUGGUCCAGGCGUGGCGGUGAUCGAGCUGAGCGGGGCGGAGGGCAGCACACCCCCCAAGCCCACCUUGCGCACCCUGGGGCUGCCCCAGCCCAGCUUCCACGCCAUCAUCUUGGACUUCAGCCCCGUCAGCUUCGUGGACACCGUCUCCAUCAAGAUCCUGAAGAAUAUCUUCAGAGAUUUCCAUGAGAUAGAAGCGGACGUCUUCAUUGCUGGCUGCCCGGGGCCCGUCCUCGCCCAGCUGGAGCGGGGCAACUUCUUCAGCUCGGCCAUCACCAAGCACUGCUUCUUCCCCUCGGUGCACGACGCUGUGCUCCACAUCAGUGGGGAGCAGCGCCAGACCUUGGUGGACCUCAGCACCAGGAUGUAG